AUGACAGAACCUCAAUACCAACAAUUCCGAUGCAACAGCACCAUCGAAGAAGUUUGUGUCAGAACUACUGCGAACACUUCCGCAGACAAUGACAGCUCGUCAUCCUAUGUGAGCUUGCAAGACAUUCGAGACGUGUUUCCAGAUGCAUUACGUUUCAAGUUGGAUGGGCAUCCCAUUCCAUUACUUGUAGAUUCUAAUGGCAACAGAAUCGAACCUUUGCGCAUUGCAUUCUAUCCUGAUAAGAUCCUGGACGUUAUUACAGAAGUAACACAGACCAGCAGUAGUAACAACAGCAAUGCCGUCGUUCAUUUGUCAACAACAAGAGACUCGGUGAAUUUGACUCCUCAGGAUUCUUCUUUGCCUUCAUCAAACUUGAUUCAAGCUUACAACCCAUCUCUUACCACUCAUAGCUUGGAAGAGAUUAAGGAGUUGACACUAGAGGGGAUUAAACUGCAGGAUCAAGCUCUUGACAGACUUGCCAUCCUCCAACAGAAAGCCGAUGCUAUCCUUGUCCAGACCUUUGAGCUACAUGAAUAUCCAAUCCCUCGACUCUUUAUCAUUCUGCCUGUUGACAGCACCAAAUGGGACCCAAUGAAUGUCUUGAAGAACAAGGUUCGCCUUCAUUUCCUAUGUGAAUGUGAGGAUCGCUCUGAAAAGGUAAGCAAGGACAGCCAGAAGAAUAAAACCCAUCUUGCCAGACAUGAAGGAUAUGAGAUCAGGAACAGCACAGAGUUCUUUCAAAAGUAUGGAAAAUACAUGAUCAUCUUGUUACAAGGACUCAAGUUGGGGAUGGGAACAUCUCCAGGCUCAUCUCUGGCACCAGCCCCAAAUCUGGUCGAUGCCGGUAUAAAAUAUUCGAUCGACUAUUUGAACGAACUCGAAAAGGAAAACCCAGACUUGAAUGACUUCUACACAGUCGACGACUAUGAAGGACUUGAAGGAGCAGAUCUCCGACGACUGAGCACAUUCCUUCAAACCAACGAUGGAAACAGACAGCUUGGCAACUUGUACAGGACCAGGACAGAAGCAGGCCAUGUCAAAUGGGUCUGUGCCGACCACUAUCGCUCAACGUAUAAAGAGAAAGAACAGAAAGCGUUUAAAGAUGUUGUGAGGGUGAAUGGAGGCAAACAUGACCCACAGCUCGGUAAAGUGGUCAUCGAAUUGAGAUCCAGGAUCACAGCUAGAGAGUUCUUCCAAGUCAUGACUAAAGCUAAACAUAUUUACGAGUUGCAUAUCACAUUCGAUUACCAUUGGGUUUGGGCCAAGAUCGAUCUGGAAGCACUGAAGAAUGCACUGAGAGUAUCAAGUGUAUCAAUCCUUCGACUUGAUCUUGGAGAAUCUCAAGAAAGCAUAACCUGGAAACUACUUUCAGCAUCCACACGAUAUGAAAAUCUUGUAGGCAUCAUAGAACUUAGCAAUAUGAAAACAAUUCAUAUUGUGCUUCCUCCGGAUGUCAAAAAUCUAUCCAAUCUACAAAGCGUAAAAUCGUCACACCUUCACAAGUUAUCCUUUGAGAUGAGGCCUCGAAAGAUGAAAACUAGUGAUUUUCGACUGCUUACAAAUCCACUCGAGGCUUCGGUCGCUUUGAAUUUAGCAUCCAGCUCGAUUGGGGAUGAAGAGGCUCUCGCACUUUCAAAUGUACUCAGGACAAGCACCAGUCUGACCGAUUUGGACUUGCGUCGCAACUCAAUUGGAAAUGAAGGUGCUCUUGCGUUGUCAGAGGCACUCAAGACAAACACCAGUCUGACCAAUUUGGGCCUGAGUCGCAACUCAAUUGGGAAAGAAGGAGCCCUGGCGCUGUCAGAGGCGCUCAAGUCAAAUAUGGCCUUGAAGGUUUCUGUAUGA